UGGAAAACAAACAAGGUUUUUAAUGAUACAUACUUUCCUAUUCGUGUCAGACAAAAAACCAAGAUUAUUCUUAAUGAUCGGGAGUUUAUUAUUACUAUAGUAGUUGGGCAUUCUAACAAUCCCUACCUACCUGGUUAUACUUGUCAAAGUGAUGCUUUUUAUACUAAAGUUCCAGUUCAUGAUCCUA